AUGGCGGAAAAUGCUAAUUACUCUGCAACAACUAGUAAUAUAUGGAAAUCUGUAAUGAUGGUAAAAGAUGUUGAGCACCCUGAUGCAAAUCAAACCAUGGCCAAAUCUUUACCUGUGGGGGAGGAUGACAAUACAUUUGAAUCAGAUAAAAAGAUAAAUACAUCUUUAUCUGCUUUGAAAAAUAUCAGCCAUUUUGUAUCAAAACAAGAUCAAGAUAAAGACAAAUCUGUACUGAUGGUGGAAGAUUCUGAACACGCUGAAGAAAACAGCAGCACAGAGAACUCUAUUUUAACAGUGGGGGAUGCUAGGCCUUUCCAGUUACAUCAAAGCCUUUCAAAAUCCUUUCUCCUAGAUAAAGAUGAUAGAACUAUUACACCAUAUUGGGAAAUGCAGGAAUCUGAACAGAUAGAGGCAAAAGAGAGAGAUCCCUUUGAUUUAAAUGUCAAUAAAGAUGUUGAAAUGUUGGAAACUGCAGAUAGUGCAGAAUAUAAACCCCUACGGACUGUUUUAGCUGAAACUGAAGGGGAACAUGAAGUGGAUAGGCUGUCUGGCAAGAUACAGAAUUCAAAAUGUAAUGAAGAAGAUGGUAACCAAUAUACAAAAUCCUUAAAUGUCUCAAGACGGGAAGAUUAUUCUGAAUCUUUUGAAGUCCACAAUAGUGAACAUUUACUUCAGGCAGAAAGCACCAUGGAAGGUGAUGUCGUCAGUCCAGAAUAUCCGGCAAAAGUUAAACACUCUAUAAUCUCAGCGCUGAUUGAGACGCCUGCUUAUAUAAGGAAAGCCCGUUUGACGAUUCCUCCUAAUAAGCUUGUCGCUGGUAAAAAAGUCCAUCGGAAAUCUGCCUUGAAGACAAAAAAAGAUGGGUCAGCAUUUACGGGCAGCCUUGUAAAGCAGUUAUUU